AUGUCUGAAGCUAGAGGGAAAGGAAAAUAUGCAUUGCUGAUUCACUUCUUCUACGUUGUGGCGAUCAAAUUAUUCAUACUGAAAGUGGUCUACGGUAUUAUGUUCUACGUGCUUCUAACCAAAGGCUGGCACUUUCUGCUAUGGUUCGUACAUUUUAUAAAAGAGAAGAAACACACCGAGUACAUCGAACACGACCACGAGCCAUAUUACGAGCAUGAUAGUUAUCACCAUUAUCAUGGUCAUUAUGACCGUGAUAGUGAUCAGCCCUAUCACGGUUAUGGUAAACCUAACUAUGGUGAAGUGGAUUACAGUUCCUAUAAGAAGAAGAUUUAUGAUGCUGAUGGUUCUUACUCAAUAAAAAGUUAA